GAUAUGGAACCUCGGAUAAUGGUGAAGACUGAAAGGACAUCAUGAUAAGAAAACUUUGAUUUUGUCGGACGCGUUCUUGGGAGAAGAACCGAUCGCCGAUCUACACCUACAGCGAGGACGACGGAAGAAACAAGGUAAGUUCUGAGCGCCCGAGGUCGAAUCUGCCCGGUGGCAUCCCUGCAUCUUCAUCGGUUCCGUGUCCGUGGAGGUGUGCAGCCGAGGGGAACGUUCGCCGCAAAUCUUUCGAAGACCAGAUCACCGCGCCAUUACUCCUCCCCAGAUGUUUCAAAUUCGCAGACCCAGACGAAGCCUUUAUAUGGUUUUACCGUUGCUGCCUCUAUCUUUCACUUCGCUUUAGCCGUUGGAGCGAUAGCAGUGCAGUGAGGAACAACUUUAAUCUCCGUCCGUUCGAUGUUCGUGCCGAGACUGAAAAGCGUCAAGCUUUUCGACCCGCUCCUCCACGCGCGCCAGGGCUCCGUGCCGAGACCGGUCGUCCGAGGCCUCUUUUUUAGUGCUUUGACUCCUCGCAAGCCAAGGGCUUUAGAGGGUUUAGCUCCUAGGGUGCCCUUUCCCAUCAGAUACAAGUCCAUCAGUGCAUCAUCAGCUUUGAGGCAAGGCAUGACUGAACAUAAUGAUAGUGGGAUCGAGCAGAUUCAACUGCUCGAUGGGUUUCAGGAUUCAUAUGGAGGAGUUACUGUGGAGAUGAAGGAGCAUAUGGAUGCUGAUGUCUUUGCCCCUUUGCUCCGGGCUUCAAUAUCAAGCUGGAAACAACAGGGGAAGAAGGGAGUGUGGAUCAAAUUGCCCAUUGAAUAUUCGCAUCUUGUUGACAUUACAGUGAAGGAAGGAUUUAGGUAUCAUCAUGCUGAAUCGAAUUACUUGAUGCUUGUCUGCUGGCUUCCUGAGACCCUGGAUACUAUUCCUGUGAAUGCUUCACAUAGGGUGGGCGUUGGUGCUUUCGUCUUGAAUGAUAAAAGAGAGGUGCUUGUGGUCCAAGAGCAUAGUGGAAGGUUCCAAGGUACGGGUGUAUGGAAACUCCCCACAGGAGUCGUGAAUGAGGGAGAGGAUAUAUGUCAUGCAGUUGUCAGGGAAGUAAAGGAAGAGACUGGAGUAGACACUAAAUUUGUUGAAGUCCUUUGUUUCAGACAAAGCCACAAAUCAUUCUCCACAAAGUCGGAUUUGUUCUUCCUUUGCAUGCUUCAGCCAGAAUCAUCUGCUAUUGAUAAACAGAAUGUAGAGAUUGAGGCAGCCCAGUGGAUGCCAAUUGAGGAGUAUGCAGCACAACCUUUUGUUGUUGGAAACAAGCAAUUCAAUUUCAUGGCGAAGAUAUGCUUGGCGAAGGCUGAUCAUGGCUACCCUGGUUUUGGUGCUUUGGCCACAACAACUGGGAGUGGCAAAAGGACUUACAUCUACUGCAGUGACCCUGAAAUUGAAUAGCACUUUGCGUGUUCGAUAUAAUUCCUGCCUGGUUUGUAAUGUGGAAUUUCUUCCUUAGACCCAGGCCUACUGGACUGGACCGUGUUGAUCCCACGACUGAUUUUGUGAACACUACGUGAGCCCUAGAUGUAGGUCCCACAAAAUCAAAGGUUAGGAUGGACUCAGUCGAGUGACCUAGGACUAAGGCAAGAAUUUUCCAGUUGUGAUGUCGCAUGACCAUUGAUGGUGGCCAACUGGGGGGGCUUAUGGAGGAGGCGGCCAAAGCUCUUGAAGAUGGGAAGAUCGAUGUCCAUUCUGAUCUAAAUUUGUUAUAGUUUGGUUCAAACACUUCAGAAUUAUCUUCAACUUCAAUUCAUGUCCUCAAGUAAUAAAAUCAAUUUAGACUUAGCAUUAUUUUUAAAUAAAUAGCUGAGGCUUAGCUUAAUCAAAUUGAAUAGAACUAGGCUCGCCUUAGUUUUCUUAACAAGCUUCCAUGGGCUUAUGUCUUGAAGCUUAAUAACAAAGCUAUGUUUGUAUUGGGUUUUUCAUUUCUAUAACACUCGAUGAAUUGCGAGUUUACUUUUAUUGCACUUAGAAUAACUUAUUAUUUCA